AUGGCCCCCACCACCAAGGUCUUCUCCCUCGAGGGGAAAGGUCUGAAGCUGGACACGGCCGAGGACCUGGAGCCCCAUAUCGCCGAGCUUCGCGCCAUGGAAGAUGUCGAGGAGGUCCAUCUGCUUGGUAACACACUCGGUGUCGGCGCAUGCAAACUGCUUGGAGAGGUGCUUGCGACCAAGAAAACAUUGCGCGUUGCCAACCUCGCCGAUAUCUUCACCGGUCGCCUUCUCAACGAAAUCCCAGAGGCCCUUUCCUCCCUCCUUACCUCCAUCCUGAACCUCCCCAAGCUCAACACCAUCAACCUCAACGACAACGCUUUUGGCCUCAACACACAAGCGCCACUCGUCGCCUUCCUCGCCGCACACGUCCCCUUGCAGCACCUCUACCUCAACAACAACGGCCUGGGCCCCCACGCCGGUAUCCUGAUCGCCGAUGCGCUCUCGGAGCUCCACGCAAAGAAGGAGGAGGCGCGCAAGCAAGGACAAGAUGUGCCCGACCUCGAGACAGUCAUCUGCGGUCGCAACCGGUUGGAAAACGGCAGCAUGACCGCCUGGGCCAAGACUUUCAGCCUGCACAACAAGGUCAAGGAAAUCAAGAUGGUUCAGAACGGCAUUAGGCAAGAGGGUAUUUCGUAUCUGCUUAGCGAGGGUCUGCGUCACACUUCGGAGCUCAGAGUGCUGGACCUCCAGGACAACACAUUCACCUUGAAGGGCGCCAAGGCUCUGGCCAAGGUUGCGCCCGGCUGGACUGAGCUUCUCGAGUUGGGCGUCGGCGACUCUCUUCUCAGUGCCAAGGGCAGUGUGCUUUUGGGCGAGUCCCUCGCUCAGGGCAAGAAUAGGAACCUCGAGAUUCUGCGCCUGCAGUACAACGACAUCACCGCCGCUGGUCUCAAGAGCCUUGCCGAGGCUGCGAAGGAGGCUCUCCCCGCGCUCAAGAAGAUUGAGCUCAACGGCAACAAGUUCACCGAGGACGACGAGUCGGUUAUCCUCCUGCAGGAGCUGUUGGAGGAGCGCAAGGAGAAGUUUGGCGGCGACAUUGUCGUUGAGGACGACUGGGGUCUUGACAGCCUGAGCGAUCUCGAGGAGCUGGAUUCUGAUGAGGAGGAAGAAGAGGAGGAAGAGGAAGAGGAGGUUGAGGAGCGGGCCGAGAAGCUCAUCAAGGAGGCCGAGGAGGCUCAGGAGGAGCCAGUCGUCCAGCUCAAGGACAAGGAGGUGGACGAGUUGGCGAGCAAGCUCUCCAAGGCUACGAUCUAG